AUGCCGCCUGUGGGGUCCGGCUACACCUUUGCGGACUUCCUCCAACGGUUGGAGCGCAGCCCCGUAUCGCACAUGUCCCCUCUUUAUCACGAACACCGCCCCCUCUUCGUAAAUCGACCUGACAUGCUCUCGAGGGCGGUCCUGUCCAUAUCAUGGGAGAGAGGGCUUGCCAUCCUACAAGCAGCGUACUACACCCAGCCGGUGGCCGCUGACACGUACAGGGCGUUGCUGGCCCGAAUGCUGCGACACAACCGACACGUGUCGAGGACCGGCGCAGGCCAGCUUGUCAGCUGGCAGGCCGCAAUGAAGGUCAUGAACGAGGCGGUGCUGGCGCACGGCACCUCGCUGCCGACUCGCGUGUCCGUGUCGACUCUGCGCCUGCUCGCCCCACACCGACAGUGGUGCACGGCAAUCGACGUGCUUAAGCUGAACCAGGCGAAUGGUCAGCUCACAAAGCCGAUGCUGCUAGAUGCGGCGCACGCGUGUGCCACAUCAGCGGCAUGGCCCCAUGCGCUCAAGCUGCUUAUGCACCUUCAUCAACAAGACUCACCGCUACUGUUUGGCGCAAUACAGAGUAUGCGACCGCCGGGCACGACUGCCCUCACAGCCGCUACCAGCGCCCACGCAUUACUUCCGGCCGUGCACGACGGAAGAGUACCGACACCAGCGCAGCAACAUAUUUUGAGCGUCUUGAACGACGUGGUCAGGAGUGUCCCGCAAGAGGUCGCAGUGCGGAGCCCACUCUGCACGUCGUACCUCACUCACCUGCUAGCGAGCACCACGUUGACGCCCGAGCUGAAGGUGCAGCGGGCAACGGCAGCCAUGGCGCAGUUGCCUUGGACAGCGGCGCUGGCGCUGCUGAGUGACCUGAGCGAGCCAUCCUUGCUGACAGAUGCAGAGUGGACGCGUGUGCACAAUACCGUUCUGCUUCCCUUCAGCUCUGCUGCCGGUAUGAAAGACUCAGGCAACAGCACAGGUGCGGUACGGCCGCGGAGGCGGUCGUUGUCCGCGAAGAAAAGGCUGAGGAUGAAAAGAGGCGCCUCUUCUGCCAUCACGUUGCCCAGCACGGCGAAGCCUGAGAACGGCGAGAAGAUCGUGGAAGGAGCGGUACCAUUCUCUUCCACUUCAAUCACCUCUUCUCCCUCGCAAAUGCUACCAUCGGUGCCGGCCACCGAAGCUGUGCACUCCCACGAGGACAAAGUGACCCUCGCUACAGCAACUCUCUUCUCUCGCAUGCAGCUCCUACACGCGUCUCCCCCGACGGUAGCAGCCAUGAUGGCCGUUAUGGUGGACAAGCUUCCCACGCCAGCGAUGGCAACGGCGUUUCUCCAGAGCUGUGCUGCCCAUCUAGCGCAGUCCGUGCCGACGUCUUCCUCGGCAGUGGAGGGCCUCGACACCCCUCUACAGGGCAGUAGCACCACCACGGGCUCGGUAGCGGCUACACGCCACCCCGUUGUCCUCAACGCGCUGCUGCGCAACUGCGCGCGACAUGAAAACGGCUGGGCCACCGCAGCGCCGGCACUGCUUGAGCGCAGUGCGGCGCUGGCGGCGACCCCACCCGAGCUGCUCAGUUCACUUAUUCGGCAGCUUCGGCAGGCGAAACAAGUAGCCUUGGCGGUACGCCUGCUCCACGAGCACAUCAUCCCUUCCGACAGUCUUUUGACGCCAGUGUCGUGGGAAGACAUGCUGGAAUGCGUACUGGCACACAACCGCGCCAUUCACCUGCGGCGCCGUAACGGGGAGAGUGCGAGCUCUCGCGACGGUAGUGCAACCACAAAAACAACCCCCAGACUAUCGGGCGUUCACUGGGUGUCUGCGCUGAGCUGGGUGAAAAGUCGGCAGGCGGCUCCCAGCGAAGAUCGGAUUCACAAGACGGGCACCGGGCCAUCGCAGGGUGCCACGCCACGCCGUCCAGUAGAGGUGGUUGCUCUGGAGAGGCCACUGUCACACAAGAUGCUGAGCCUUCUCAUUAACAUUUGCGUGCUGGGAGGCAGCCCCCAGGGCGCACUGCACGCGCUUGGCUACGCGCGGCGUGUGAACAAGACGGAGCUGCCCCACACAUUGCAGAUACGAGCACUCCUGUACUGCAUGCAGUAUGAUCGCCCUUGUGAAGCGGAGGCAGUCGUGGAGCAAUGCGCAAGAUGCGAAGGUGACGCCGCCGCGCUGCCGCUGCGCCACCUCCUGCGGCUGAUAGGAGAGAGCAAGGCGAAUGCCGACGAAGGAGGUGACGAGUGA